AAAAUAAAACAAAAUUCGUUUCGAUCGCGGCAGUUGUCGGCGGACGGACUGGACGGACGCGGCGGUGCGUUUAUUAGCGGCCGACCGGGGGGACAUGCUGCCGACCGAGGGACUGGUGCAGUCGGCCGCCGCCGCCGAGCCCGCCAAAGGAUUCAUCGAGUACUACGUCUCCAACGUCAAGAUGGACGUCACUACCAUGACUUACGCGGCGUUCAUGGCGCUCUCGGUGGCGUGCUUCGUGCUGCUCCACCUGGCGCGUCACACCAAGGCGCAACUGACGGCCGCCAGCAACCCGCACUUUGUCCAGUUCCAGCGGCAGUUUUUCGCCGUCUACUUUCUGGCGCUGUUCUCCGACUGGCUGCAGGGCCCGUACGUGUACAAGCUGUACAGCCACUAUGGGUUUGCCGAGUACCAGAUCGCCGUCAUCUACGUGGUGGGGUUCGCGGCGUCGGUGGUGUUUGGUACGGCCACGGGGCCGCUGGCCGACCGCUUCGGCCGCAAGAAGACGUGCAUCGCGUUCAGCGUGGCCUACUCGCUGUGCUGCCUGACCAAGCUGAGCCGCACGUACGCGGUGCUGCUGCUGGGCCGCGUGUUUGGCGGCAUCGCCACCUCGAUGCUGUUCUCGACGUUUGAGUCGUGGUACGUGUACGAGCACGUGGAGACGCACGACUUUCCGGCCGAGUGGAUCGCCGUGACGUUCAGCAAGGCCACCUUCUGGAACGGCAUCCUGGCCAUCGUGGCCGGCGUGGCCAGCAACAUGGCCGCCGAGUGGCUGGGCUUCGGUCCGGUGGCGCCCUUCCUGAUGGCCAUCCCGUGUCUGGUGGCGUGUGGCGGCCUCGUGUCGGCACAGUGGCAGGAGAACUACGGCAACCAGCAGAUCAACCUGCGGCGCAGCUACAUCAACGGCCUGCGCACCAUCCUGGCCAGCGAGGUGGUGGCGCUGCUCGGACUCAUCCAGUCCCUCUUUGAGUCCGUCAUGUACAUGUUCGUGUUCCUGUGGACGCCCAUUCUGGACCCGAGCCAGCCGCCGCUCGGCAUGGUCUUCUCCUGCUUCAUGGUGUGCAUCAUGAUGGGCUCGUCGCUGAACACGCUGCUGAUGGGCCGCGGCAUGCGGCCCGAGCGCGUGCUCACGCUGGCCGUCGCCAUCAACAUCGUCUGCAUGCUGGUGUGCACGGUGGCCACGGGGCCGGGCGCCGCCAUGCCCGGACUGGCCUUCGCCGCCUUCCUCUUCCUGGAGCUGGCGGUCGGCAUGUACUUCCCGUCGAUGGGCUACCUGCGCAGCCAGGUGAUCCCCGAGGAGCAGCGGGCCUCCAUCAUGAACUGGUUCCGCGUGCCCAUGAACCUGAUCACGUGCGGCGGCCUGCUGUGGCUGCACCAGGGCGAGUCGGCCGGCGGAAACCAGGUGAUCUUCAUGGCGUGCGCCGGCCUGCUGAUGCUCGCACUGGUCGCCUGCCUGCGCUUCUCGCGCCGCUACCAGGAGACGCGUCUGCCAGAGAAGGACCUCACCGAGAGCAAGCCCAGCGCCCUCUGAGGCGCUCACCGGGCCGUGGCAGUUCACCGGUAACGCGUCAGUCAGGUCCGCUCGGGAUCCAAGGCGGUCGCCAACAUUUGGCUCAACAAAUCCGGGGAUUGCCGUGCCUAUACAGAUUUUUAGUCUAUGAAACAUUACAUCGACCUUACGUCAAGUGCCUUGACAGAGAGCAGUUCUAUUGGUGCGGUGCCGUCGCUACGUUCGUACAUUCCAAGUUACUCGGCCAGUGCGGCUGCCCAGCCGUUGGCCCGGGAUCCUGGUCGCCAGACGCGGCGAUCGUGGUCCGGGCUGGACCACAGGCGGGGGUCUGUCGGCAGCGUCCGCCACUCUCGAGGGAUCUCCCUCCGGGCCAGUGCCACGGGUCUCCGGUGUGCCUCAGUUUCCGUCCCUGCCGCCCUCAGCGGUACCGGGCCGUGCCAGCCGGCCCGGGCCAGUGCAGACGCGCACUACCGGCCGGGCCUCCAGUCGGGUCCUCUACAUACUCCGCGAGUCCGCCGCCGAGACCCAGUCGGUUCCGCGCGGGCCGAGCGGCCAGCGCAGCUGUGCGUGUACAUUCCAGUCUGUUCUAGUGUGUGUGGUGUGCCGCGAUCCUGGGGUGACGCACACGGUUGUCGCCGAGGGUCGCCACGUCGGCUGCCGUUCGCCCUUUUGUUUCUUUGUUAGAGGAUUGGCGAUACCUGUCUCAGUAGGACUCUUUUUCGCAUGCUACUUAGUUGUUACGUUUGUUGUUGACAGUGAGUAAAUCCGUGCAUUGUUGUUACCAGUUUUUUCUCACUAGCAGGGAUGGUUAUCUGGAACAGGGGUGUGCUUGCGUUUAUAGUUUGCUGUUUUUGUAUUGCUUCGUUAGACCGUGCUAUCGAGUCUGCGUGUUUUGUUAUUUUAUUAGGGAAUCGGAACCUAUGCCAGUUUUUAUUUGUCGACCCGGUUAUGGCUUUGUUUUCUCGCUGCCUUUGCAUCAAUUGUGCUUGUUUUUGCACAUUUAGUGGCUUGGCGUCUUUCAAAUGUGUGGUGUCUUCAAACUGCGCUUCUGGCCUGUUCAUUAGUGGCAUUGUUUCCCGUGCGCGCUGAGCUCGUCCGUAUCAUUCUCACUGCUGUUGACUCCAUAGCGGGCUGUCGGCGGCCGUGUCGGAGGUGUCGGCGCGGCCGCUGGGUCACCCCAUAGGCACGGGCGGCGGCUACUGACGUUAUCCGAGGUCCGUUCACUGUUCAGUGACCACUGCGGCCAGGGUCUGGGGCCGCGGGUGAAACACCAGCGAGGUGCUGUAGCGUCUCCAGUAGACGUUCGCACUACCCCCAUCCGCCAGGGGAGGCCGGCCAGUACCGGGACCGGCCGCCGAGGCCCGCCCUCCACACCGUGUUACGUUCGUUGUUUGCUAAUACAUUUUAUGGGUGAACUGAA